AAUAAUGAUAAACAAGGGGUAGCUUGAAGAAUUGGGUAAUUCAUCUUUAUCGUUCUAUCAGCCUCUAAACCUCAACAUAAUCGGUUUUUUCUUUUCUUUCUUUCUGUUUUCCUUAAUUCUCCUUGAGGGUUUCCUAAAUCUUUGAUUUUGUUCUAAUUCCUGAUUUGAAUUUGUAUCCUAGAACGGAGGGUUUUGGUGUUUUGAGUUCCUUAGAUCUUCUACUGGCUUAAGAGCGAAUUAGACCAAACGAGUUGGGAAAAUAUGGGUUCAGAGCAGAACGAUGGCACAAGCUACCAGCCAUCGGAGCCGAAGCUUUGUGUGAACAACUGCGGCUUCUUUGGUUCAGCUGGUACCGAGAAUCUCUGCUCGAAGUGCUACAGAGACUCUCGAAUCAAAGAAGAGCAAGCGGCAUCGGCAAAAGCAGCGAUGGAGAAAUCCCUUCAGUCCAAAAUUUUAAAGCCGGCUGAAGGUAAUUCUCCAGUUGUCUUCUCCGAUUCAUCAGUGGAUUCAGCUUCAUCGUCAUCAUCCACUGGAAUUUCCCUCGGCAGUUCCAGCAAAUCCCCAUCACCGGAUGUACCAAACCGGUGCCGAACCUGCAAUAAGAAGGUGGGAUUGAUGGGGUUCAAAUGCAAGUGCGAGCUUACUUUCUGUGGAAUUCACCGGUACCCAGAGAAACACAACUGUUGUUACGACUUCAAAAGUGCUGGACGGGAGGAGAUCGCCACAGCCAAUCCUGUGGUGAGGGCCGAUAAAGUUGAAAGGUUCUGAGUUGUGAGAAGGAUUUGGGUAGGAACUUGGUAAAUUCUUAGUGGGUUUGUUGCUCUGAUUGAUCGUCUUUGUUCGUUUCUGUGUCUGUUUAUUUGGGUUGGGUUCAUUUUGAUGUGGGGGGAAAAGCUCUUUGUGCUUUGGUUUGCUGGGGAAGUUAGCAACUAUGGGUGAAUAAUGCAAGUUUGAUUCCUUUUGA